CUCUCUCUCUCUCUCUCUCUCUCUCUCUCAACACACGCGCGCACACACACAAACGUUCAUCUGCCAAUUGUUCGGUUCAAUUUCUGUGGCCUCUGUCUACCUGCUAAGAGUGAAUGCCAAUUCUACGUAUUAACUGAUCAACGGAGAGAGUAAUUAGCAGCGAUGGGUUAGGUUGCAUUGUAUAACCAAAAUGGAGCCGAUCUGCUCUGGAGGUUAGAUCGUUCUUCCCUCCCAAGUGAAUCGGGGGCUGCAGUAUUAUUGCUGAAGAUCUGCGCCACGGAGACACGCCGAGCAAACAAAUUGACCACUGAUCUUUUACUCCAAUCGGUUCCAUCUUUUAGCAUGAUCUCUUGUCUUCGUUCCACCUUAGUCUCAAGUGAUGAGCACCUUGUGCAGAUUAUUGGGGCUGACACGAUAGACGAUGCCGCUGAAGAAAUUCUCAAGGCCCUCAAAGAAGACACCGAUACUACUAGAACUGCCAGUAGCAGAAACAAUGUGAUCUACUUCGAUGGCUGGAAUGGCCUGGGGGCAUCGGCCGUCCUCAGAGCCGUAGCACGGCGCCUCGCUGCAAGUGCAACUUCACCAGUUGGACUAGAGUUUGAGCAGGUCAUCCACAUCGACUGCUCAAAGUGGGAGAGCAGGAGGGCGCUUCAGAGGGCAGUCGCUGAGCAGCUGGAGCUCCCCGUUGAAGUGAUGGAGAUGUUCGACAAGCAAGAUGAGGACGAUUUCCUCGGUGUGAAAAAGGACUCCCGUGCUGAGGUACAACAGGUCGGCAGGGAGAUGCAUCGACACGUACAGAAGAUGGACCGCAGGUUUCUAGUGAUUUUGCACAAUGGGAGCAACGAGGAGAUCGAUCUGGCCAGCUUGUGUGGUUUUCCUCUGACUGGAUACUCAACCAACAAGGUGUUGUGGACAUUUCAAGGGAGAUUCCGGCUCAAACCCCGGAUGAAAGUUGACAAGGCCAUGCACAGCGCAGGAACAACUGAUGUUUUCAUCUCGAUGGCCCCUAGCCGUGAGGAGCAAGAGGAGGUCUGGCGCUACCUUUUGCAUCAGGACACUGAGGAAUUGCUUGCAGCAUGCAAGAUUGACAUUGCCAGUUAUGGCAUCAUACAUCAGCCUACACAAGUGGCCGAGUGUCUACUGUACAUGUUGGAGCUGUGUUCCAGAGGUAGUCAAGGGACACACUAUGAUCUCUCCACCCACGGCGGCAACUACUGGGUAUGUGAUGGCAUCAUACGUCGUUGGCUACAACACGGGGAGAGAGACGUCAGCGCUGCUGAUGACGAUGAUGAUGUGCUUUGGAGAGCCGCUGUUGCUCUGCAGCACGAGAUGCCACUGGAUGUGGACUACUACCAGCAUUUGUCCUCCUCUCACUUGGCAAGGUAUGUCAAGAGCAAGCCAUAUUGGUCUUCACCAGCUUAUGGGUUUACUCGGGUCCCGGAUGGUGUUAUCCCUGACGGAGUUCCAGCACUGCUCUGAUAAGCUUUAGUAUUCUCAAGCUCUCACAUUGCACCUUCAACUUCCAAUCACUUCCGUUCCUCUGCUGCCAGAGCCUCAGGUUUCUGUGGCUUGACCAUUGCCAAGACAUUGGGAUCACCGCAGAUGGAGCACGGCAAGAGGAGGAAAUAAGCCGCCAUUGCUUUCACAGGCUGUGGGUGCUGGACCUGCGCUACACAUGCUGUGAUCAGAUCUUGUCCGCACAGAUGAUGGAUCUGAUGACUCAGCUCAGGGAGCUAAAUGUUAUGGGAGCUCCAAACUGGGACAUGGGCCAGCUGCAGGGACGUCUGCCUAACAUUCGCAAGCUUCGAGUAACUAAAUCUACUGUCCGCUGUAGUUGCUCAGAAGAUGACCUGCUCUCGGAGAUGAACAAGAUGGAGCUUCUUGAAUUUUCAGAAAACCGUACCAAUGAUUCCAUGAGGAGAUUAUCUGGGCCAGGGAUAAGCAGAAAUAAUAGUAGCUGCCUUGAGACAGCCAUUGUUCAAAACUUUCCUAAUGGGUUAAGACAUAUCUCCUUCAGGGGAUGUACUAAACUGAAGAAUCUCUUCUUAAGUACUGGACAAUAUAUUUUGCCUCUCUACACCCUAGACAUUACAGGCACAGCAGUGAAAACACUAGAUCUCACUGCAUUUUUGGUUGCGGACCUCCGUGAGCUCUGUGAGGAAUGUGGAGUACUCACUCCUGGUUGUGAUGAGUGAAUUGUCAACCGUGCGGUGUGAUCGUGUGCUUGGUCUUUGGUUGCAGGUAGACGGGCGUCGAGUGUCGACGGAGAG